CGAGCCAUCGACCUUCAUCGGAGGUCGGCCCCUACAGGAAAGCCUCACGUCUUGUUAGAGAUAUCGAUUCAUUCAUCGGAACUAGAUGAGAUUCGAGACAUGGCCUACUCACAAAUGAUACUGAUAUAUCAUUUCAGACGUAAAUGUUUUUUCUUGUUCCAACUAAUCAGUCGAUCUAAACAUAUGUCCGAGGAAACAAUCUCUUGAAUGAAACACCUCCUAAGACAUCGUACACCUUCCCGCAUCAGAUCAAGAACGACAAGCCACCCCACUGACGAGAUUCCCCUCCUCCUCUCUUCCAUCCUACAAGAUCCCGCCAUUGCCCUUCCCGCUCUCAGGAAGGUCCAUGCGAAGCUCCUCCGCCAUGGCCUCCAGGCUCAUGCCGCGCUCUCCAAGAAAAUCUCGAGCCUGUACAUUUCGUUCGACGAAAUCGACGCUGCCCGGCGGGUCUUCGACUCUUCGCCGAACCCGAGUAGCUUCAUCUGCAACAUCCUCAUCAGGGCAUACUCCAAGACCGGCAAUCAUGGAGAUUCGCUCAGGCUGUACUCGACGAUGGUGACCCGGAAGGGCCUUUUGCCCGACAAGUACACAUUCCCCUUUGCACUUAAUUCUUGUGCUGCGUUGUGUGAGCUGAGAAUCGGGAAAUUGGUCCAUCAGCACUCGGUCUGCUUCGGGUGUGGAAGUGAUCUGUUCGUGAAUGCCGCUCUCGUCGAUAUGUACGCGAAGUGCGGAGAAGUGGAGACCGCCCGCCUCGUGUUCGAUGAAAUGCCCGUCAGAGACUUGGUUUCUUGGACUUCGAUGAUUUCAGGGUAUGCCCACAGUGGUUACAAUGGUGAGACUUUGGAGUUCUUCGAUAUGAUGCGCGAAUCGGGGGUCAGCCCUAACCGGGUGGGUCUACUGAGCGGAUUGCUCGCAUGUGGCAAUCUCGGGGCCCUGAGGAAGGGGGAGUGGUUUCAUGGUCAUGCGAUCAGGACGGGGUUCGAGCACGAUAUUCUGGUCACCACUGCGUUGAUUGAUACGUACACAAAGUGCGGGAACCUUGCUUCGGCGCGAAGGAAGUUUGAUGAAUCGGAGGGGAAGGAUGUGGUCUGUUGGAGCUCAAUGAUCGCAAGCUACGGGACCCAUGGGGACGUAAGGGAAGCGCUUGGUCUCUUUGACAAGAUGGUUGGUUUAGGGUGGCGGCCGAAUCAUGUGACUUUCACUUGUGUACUCUCUGCUUGUAGCCACGCCGGGUUACUAGACGAAGGGAAGAUGUACUUUGAGAUGAUGACCAAGGAGUUUGGGCUCGAGCCAAGAUUGAACAAUUAUGCAUGUAUGGUCGACCUUUUGGGCCGUUCGGGGAGGCUCUCUGAGGCUCAGAGGUUGAUUGAGGAGAUGCCCUUAAAGCCCGAUGUGGGUGUGUGGGGAUCUCUACUUGGGGCAUGCCGAAUCCAUGGGGACCUGGACUUGGCUGAGAAGAUUGCAGACCGGGUUUUUGAGCUCGACCCCUUUCAUGGCGGAUAUCACGUCUUGCUGUCCAACAUCUAUGCUGCAAAAUCUCGGUGGCAUGAGGUCGAAAAGAUAAGGAAAAUGAUGAUCGGAAGAGGUGCGAAUAAAACUCCAGGCUUCAGCCUAGUCGAGUUUAAUAGUGCAGUACACAAGUUUGGGGUCGGAGACAGGUCAAACCCGCGCUCGGAUGAGAUCUACUCUAAGCUAGAGGAGCUCGGGGUUGCAAUGAAGCGAUUAGGCCACAUUCCCUCCACAGAUUUCGUACUUCAUGAUAUCGAAGAAGAGGCAAAGGAGGAGGCCCUCCUGUUUCACAGCGAGAAGCUCGCAGUCGCCUUCGGGCUCAUAAGUACUCGUCCAGGGACCACAAUUCGGGUCACAAAGAACCUAAGAAUAUGUGGUGAUUGCCACAAUGCAAUUAAACUGAUCUCGAAGAUCGAGGAACGGACGAUUAUUGUGAGGGAUAUGCACCGAUUUCAUCAUUUCAAGGGCGGCGAGUGCUCUUGCAGGGAUUACUGGUGAAGGAAGCCUGUCAAGGCUGCAGAAACUGGCUAAUAUUUUUCCGUUCUCAGUAUUAGGCCACAAUAUUCUAGCGGAAUCAGUUCGUGCAUGACCUGUGAACUAACUAGGCACAGAUGAAGAGGCUUCAGAAGAUACCAGGUGCGGAACAGGACCGUUGCUAACAUUGCUUAUCACGACCGACCGUAGAAGCUCUGAAGAGCCAUUUGUUCAUUGUUUCGAAAGAAGAGCAUGAUGGAUGAUGAGUUUUCCUUUCUGUUAAGCUGGCCUUGAUCUAUCAGUGAUUCUAUCACUGUUAUUUUCCAGGUUUGCGUAAUAGGAUUAUGAAGUUCUAAAUGAUUUUUAUGCGUGCUGAGAGUUGUGCAUGAUCUCUAGAGUGUGCAUAGGUACCAGGUAAGUCUGAAAUAUGUAGGAACAUAGGGUAGGUUCUCGGUAGAGACAAUUAAAAUUAUGGUAGGUUUCGGGUAACAAUGCAAGGAAUCGAUAAAAAAAUCAUUUUGAUUUCACUAUGCAGGGUACCUUGAAUCAGAA